UCUAAUGGGCAAGUCAUCGAUGCAGUUUGUUAAGCAAAAUCAAAUAAACAGUGUUUGUCGAGCCGUCGUUGUUACAGUAGUGGUUUAUUAGAACACAAAUUAGAUCACAGUUAAAUAGACGGUUUGGCAGAUUUUGAUCUAAAUGUUGAGAACAAUAUGUGUCUCGUUCAAGUGUUUGAAAGUGAACUUGUGUCUUAAAUCCUUGUAUGUGUACAACAUGCUGAGACCUUCGUACUCUUAAUACAGUUGUGUGUCAGUGUUACAAUUUCUCGGGUAAACCAUCUACGGUUUUAAUUUGAAUGUUUUAAAAACGUAUCAAUGGUACUCAAAACAAUGUAGUCAAUGACUCAUGAAAAGUGUUAUAAAAUAUAGGGACCUUACCAUUGUUCUAUUUUGUAAAUAUAUUGAAGAAGUAUCUAACCAUGAUUGUGAUAGUUACGUAAUACUUAAUCAGUUACGCGAGCGCUAUUCUAAAGGACGUGUGGAUCAUGAAGGUUCCAAUAUUGACUUUCGUUAUAUUACUGUCUUUCAAUCAAAAAGUGACUUGUGCUCCAAUAUUUGACUAUAUUGUGGGCAAAAUAACAGAUAUAGCUGAUACAGUGACAAAUACUUUCAUAACUAUAAGAGCCCAAGUGGAAAAUAUGUUGUUAUCAACGGGUACAAACAAAAGACCUGUGUUACGACUACACUACCCGACUCUAACCCGGAUUGGAGACCCGAACUUUAAGAGCAAUUUCAAUGACUUUGUUGAGAAAGCAGCAGCUGAGAAUGAAACGGAAAUUCCAGAAUACAUCAAUCUCAAGUCGGAGCCGACUGCACUCAUGUCCACUCCACAGUUGGCCACGCUGCACGGAAGGAGAGUAGAAUCUCACGUCAUUCAUACAAAGGACGGUUACCUGCUUACUUUACAUCGAAUAUCACCACGCAAGGACCGAAGUGCGGACAUAUUGACAGUUAACCAGACCGUGAUACUUCAUCAUGGUUUACUUGGCAGUUCCGCAGAUUGGAUUCUGUUGGGACCCGAAAAAUCUCUUCCAUAUAUUUUAACUGACGCUGGCUACGAUGUUUGGAUGGCAAAUGCUAGAGGGAACUACUACUCGCGUGGUCAUGUCAAAAUGGCUGUUGACUCAGAUUCCUUCUGGAGGUUUUCGUUCCAAGAAAUGGGAGAACACGAUUUAUCGGCAGUUAUCGAUUACAUUCGAAAUAUAAAGAAAAGUGACGAUCCGAUUGAUUACAUAGGACAUUCGAUGGGUGCUACAGCAUUAUUAGUACUACUUUCAACGAAUCCUCAAUAUAAUCAGUAUUUAAGAGUGGGCAUCCUGCUCGCACCACUAGCUUUCAUGAGUAAUGUUGAAGGACCAUUUAAAGUUCUGACAGCCAUGGCAUCUAGUCCACCAGAACAACUCCUUAAACUUAUAGGCAACAAGGAAUUUGUGCCUACACGAAAAAUACCAAAAUGGCUUGCGUUAAAAUACUGUAAAGGUCCAUUACUGUUUUGCUGUAACCCUUUAUACUUUAUCAGUGGUGGUAUACCGGAAGAUAACCACGCUUGGAAUCUUAGUUUUCUUGCAAGAUUGCUGUACCACGUACCAGCUGGUGGAUCAACAGACACGAUAAUGCACUACGCCCAGUUGGUGAAAAGUGGAAAAUUUCACAGGUACAAUAAUGUGUAUGAAGAGUUUCCCCUCAACCAGGUGACGUUACCCAUUGCUUUGUUUAGUUCCAGUGAGGAUUGGCUCGCAACUAUUCCUGAUGUACUAAGGUUAUACUUUAGUAUAGUUAAUCCUAUUGACCACUACAUAAUUCGAGGUAGAAAUAUGAGCCAUACUGAGUUCGUUUGGGGAGCUCGUGCUGAUGAAAUUGUUUUUAAGAAAGUAUUAGAGUUUCUAGAUAGCGGCCUGGCCAUUAUUGGAAAUGCCAAAAAUUCUAAUGAAGUUCAUUCCGACCUUGCUUAGAUGAUGUUUUAACUAGUUAAAUGCAUUUUGAUAGAAAAAAACGAAGACGUUUAAAUGGAAUAGCCAUUUUUAUGUACUUUUAUACCGCCAUACUUGAAUUAUUUUAUUAUGAAACAGCUUUUUUCUGUUUUGUUUAUAUACCAUUCCAAUAAAAAAAUGUGAAAUCCCUUGUGUGGUUAUUUAUUUCUGCAAACCAAAGGUCUGGUAACCUUGAGGAACAACAAAACAUGUUUAAGCCUAUGCCUCGAUGGUCGCAAAUGAUUUGCACAAUGCAAAUUGUAUGAAAAUACUGACACCGACGAAUCGACACCGACGCUUGCAUAACAUGUCGAAAAUGUCAAUAUAAAAAUAAACAAUAAAA